UAAUUCAAAUGAAUCCAAUGGGGAAAAACACUUGGAAUCCAAUCAAGAACAUCAAGUUCGCCAAACUGCAAGAUUUUGGGGUUAUAUCUUUCAAAUAGUUUUCCAGGUAAACCCCUAAAAGCCAGUAAUUGUAUCAUAGUUUUUUCCUAUUUCAGAAUGAAGAUAUUGAUUUACUAAGAUUAUAAUGUGUUAAAAAGAAAAGAUGCUUCAGCUAGUGAUUUAAUUCAGAAUUGCAUGAAAUGGAAAAAUAUGAUUCAUGUAGAUAAUCCCAAGUGGUUGGAUAAAGUUCCAUUCAGCUCAAUAUUGAAAAAGAAAAAUAAUAAAUUGAUUAAUUAAGCACAAAAUAAGAAACAUAAUAGCCUUGUUGCACAUAGUUAUUGACCUUUUAUUUUUCUCUUCAAUAGAUGAAUGCAGGUGCAGUGAUGCUCACGGACUGCGUCUUUUGGUUCAUAAUUGUACCGUUUCAAGCAAUCAAAGAUUACGAUCUGAAUUUUUUGAUUAUAAAUAUGCAUACCAUCAAUGCUGUUUUUCUGCUCGGCGACACUGCUUUGAAUUGCUUACGGUUCUUUUGGCUUCGAAUUGCAUACUUUUUCCUGUGGACUGCUAUUUAAGUACAUUUUAAAUGGAUCGUGCAUGCUUGCGUUUCGCUUUGGUGGCCAUAUCCUUUUCUUGAUUUGUCGUCUACAUUUGCUCCACUAUGAUGGUUUUAGACAUACAAAUGUGGAUAUGAUUUUUUUUGACAAGUACGGAAGGGCAUUGUUUUUAUACGUCUACCCGUAUAUAUAGUGGUUUGUACAAAUUACUUUUUUGGUGUGGUAAAUAUAAGCUAAUUUGGCAUGGUAGAAAUUAGCAUAUAUGCUAAUUUAGGUUGUGGUACAUAUGUCCUUUUUGUUAAUUAAUUUGGUUAGUCCUGUAUUAUGUAUGAAAUGAAAUUAUUGACGUUGGAUUAGACUUGGUUCGUAUGGAAUUUGUAUUAUAUAUAGAAUUGGACGUUCAAUAUUAAUGUUUUGGAUGGUUGGAGCUAAAAUGUGUGCACAUUGUUGAAUGCUUGAAUGGUUGAUAAUAUAUUUAGUGUU